AGCGGUGAUUGGACGGCUUCUUCCAGACUGCAGAAAUUCAAAAAAACACUCAAUGUUGGUCAAAAGCGUCUGAGGCACCGUAGAGGUUGCACAGAUACCCGGGGCGCAUAAAGGUUUAAAUAGUGCAGUGUCGGGCGCUCGCGCCUUCUUCUCACAGAAUGAGCCUACAACUCAUAAACGAUGAAAAUGCAGGAAAUGAUAUAACUGCAGAGAAGUGCGACUUGUUGUUUAGUCCUCCGACUACCGGAAGACCUUCUAUUCUACGGCCCUCGCAGAAAGUUAAUCUGCCACCAAAACCCACUCUUAAAAGCAUCAAGGUGACGUUUCAGACACCGAUGCGAGACCCGCAGACGCAAAGAAUUAUGACACCCAGUGUUGCAAACAAGCCAGCGAAUGCAUUUUUAUUGGAGGAUUGUACACAAGCACUGGAGCAGCUGCACUUGUCUGUCCCCAGUAACUGCGGGCCAAAUCCAGUAGAAACGAAUAAAUUGGUUUCCGCUAACCAACCGGAUUCAGAUGAAUUGCCUAUGAGCAGCACAGGGGCAUAUAGCAUUGAUUUUGACAACCUCAACCCAUUUAAGAGUAAAACUCAAAUGCUGAAUUCCCCAAUAAAAGCUGAUCUUCCAAGCCAUAUGGAGAAUAUGGAAGCCACCACUCCUGUAAUUCCAGCAGGUGAAGCCUCUAAACACAUGGAGUCUUCAAAUACGUCUGCAGCAAAUCUAGAUUCCCCUGUUACAGUUCAGUUCUCUUCUGAAAGCAACAACGUAGGUGUAUCCGAUAAAUAUGCACUGGAUGACACCCUUCCCCUCUCAGAGUCGGGCAUUAAAGAUUUACAGGGGUCCAAUAAAUCAUCCAAUAGCAUAGAAGAGCCUGUAUCAUUGGAUAAGGACAUGUGUUCAAGUAAUGAAAAGAACGUUGAAGCUGUAACAGAUGAAGCCAAUUCUGAUGCACAAAGCCCCCCUCCUGUUCCAAAAUCCUCAUACAGUUUUGACCUAGAUCACAUUGACAUGAUCAAUCCUUUUAAAACCGGAGGUUCCAAGCUUCAGAACUCACCAGCAGGAGUAAAGCAAACUCCUCCUCCAGAAGAUGUAAAUGUGGCUAAAACUGAACCAGUAAAGCUUGAGUUUAAUUUUAGUGAUGGCGAUGCCCCUGCGAGAAAACCUCCCCCCAAAAAACUCGGAAAGAGACCGCCCGUUAAAACUGCUACCAAGAAACCAGUUCCGAAACAGGAAACCACGGCAGAAAAACAGGAAACGCAAACUGCAAAGCCAGUAGAAGAUGAAGUCGUUGUUCCAAAGGCAUCAUACGAGUUUGACUGGGAGAAGUUUGAUGAUCCAAAUUUUAAUCCAUUUGGAUGUGGUGGGUCAAAGGUCUCCAGCUCUCCCAAGGGCCAGAAGGUCGCAAAUGAAGUGCAAGCUGCUUGCAAACCAAAAGCAGAAGACACUGACUUGACACCAGCUGAGAAUGCUGAUGGGAAGAAGGACCUUGGAGAAAUAGAGCCUGCCCAGGAUUCUGGUGUUGCUGAAGAUAAAUCACACACGGAAGAUCAACCAGUGGUUUUAAGUAAUGCUGACCUGCCACAUGAGCAAACUACUGAGAGUUCUCCGGUGGAAAAUGAGACCCAACCAGAAAUUUGUACAGUCAGAGAUGAACCUUUCCAAAAGGAAGUGGACCAUAGAAGUCCAGACAUUACCCCUCCAGAAAUAAAUGGAACAGAUUCGGAGUUUAAAUUAGCCACAGAAGCAGACUUUUUACCAGCUGCAGAUAUGGACUUUAAACCAGCUUCAGAAAUUUUCUCUGAAGGAUUUGGUCAUCCCAUUGAAAUUGACUAUCUAGAGAAUUUUGGCUCUAAUUCAUUUAAGGAGUCGGCACUCAGGAAGCAGUCUCUGUAUCUGAAAUUCGAUCCCUUGUUAAGGGAGUCUCCAAAGAAAAAUGCUGCAGGCAACAGCUUGCUUCCCAGUGUUCCCCUGAAGAGCAGUUUCGAGCUCUUUGGAGGAAUAUCAGAGGUUAAUUUCCCACUUAUCCCAUCUUUUGAAAAUGAGGAAAAACCGAAAGGACUGGAUCUUUUGGGGACUUUCACAGUUGCGGACGCUGCUCCUUUAAUUGUUGAUGCUCCCAGCAGUGUGGCUGUUCCAGAUCCUUUCCUUUUAACUUCUGAUGCCAUCGUUGAGGUGCUGAAGUACAGCCAGAAAGAUAUGGAUGCAGCAAUAGAAGCAGUUCGGUUAGAGGUUCAAGAAAAGGAUUUAGAAGUACUGGAGUGGAAAAACAGACAUGAAAAGCUUUAUCUUGAAUAUGUCGAAAUGGGGAAAAUAAUUGCAGAGUUUGAAGGCACCAUCACACAAAUGCUAGAGGACUCGCAAAGGCAGAAAGAAAUGUCCAAACUAGAAAUCAAUAAAGUGUUGCAAGAAAAGCAGCAAGUGCAGGUGGAUCUCAACUCCAUGGAAAAGUCCUUCUCUGAGCUCUUUAAGCGACUCGAGAAACAGAAGGAGGUGCUGGAAGGAUACAGAAAGAAUGAGGAGGCGCUGAAAAAAUGUGUAGAGGACUAUCUGGCAAGGAUUAAAAAGGAAGAGCAGCGCUACCAAGCCCUGAAGGCACACGCAGAGGAGAAACUCAACAGAGCAAAUGAGGAGAUUGCUCACGUCAGGAGUAAAGCAAAAGCCGAAUCGACUGCUCUGCAGGCAACGCUGCGCAAAGAGCAAAUGAAGACUCAGUCACUGGAGCGUUCCCUUGAGCAAAAGAGUAAAGAAAAUGAUGAACUGACCAAGAUAUGCGAUGAUCUCAUUUUAAAGAUGGAGAAGAUCUGACCCACCCACCAAGGCCGAACUUUCUAUUUGUUUGUUUGUUUGUCUGUCUGUCCAAUUAUGUAUGUUCAGCACUAAAUAAAUAAGGUUUAACUUAUGGGAACAUGUUUGUUUUAACAAAUGACAUUCCAAUGUUAAAUGUUUUCUGAUUUCUAUAAACCGUACAAUAACUAAGGCUCAAGCAAAAAAAUAAAUGACUUUAUGGGUCCCUA